AUGUUACCUAAACAAGUACCCUACAUCGGCGAUGACACUGAUAUCUCCGAAUCCACACUUAGCAACCAUAGUUCGGAUUUAUUAUCUAACACACAACAGAUAAACCCAUCUUCAGUCAAUUCAAAUGCUCUUGACUCAAAUGUUAGUCCUGAAACCAAUCACAACGGUAAAUCUCUCUUAGUUGAAUCUACCUCGUCACAAACUACAGAUAAGGCGGAAACUAUUUCUUAUCAGCUUCCCACUAACUCCGGUUAUGAGUCGUUAUCACUAAGUUCCAAAAAAGAUGAUAUUAUUCCAAGUUCCGCAUUACUUCAGGAGAUUUCAGUAAAUAUAGACACUUAUCAGCCUUCUAAUCAUUUACCAGAUAACAAGAAUUUGUUAAGUGAUUCUAUUCACCAGUCUGAUAACUUAUUACUUCAUAAACAAAUCGAAACACUAACAUGUAAACUCAUGGCCUCACAAGAUCAGAUUGAUCGGCUUUUAGAAGAAAAACGUAUUUGGGUUGAAAAUAUGCAGCGUGCAAAUAAUUCUAAGGAAUCAAAUCAUCAAGUAACUUCAGGUGAGCUGCGCGGAAGAUGGAUCCAAGCUAAGAAUUUAGCUGAAACAUAUAAACGCGAAAAGGAAUCUAUGGUUAUUAAAUACGCUCAGAGUGAACAAAAACGAAUACAAUUAGAGCAACAGAUUCACAGUCUGGAAUGUAAAAUAGGUCGUCUAUGUAAUUCAAAUAGCUUCGAACAACAUCAACAGAUGGAGGGAACUGAAAAGACUGAUGAUACGGAUAAGUCUUCAGUGGGAAAUCAACCUCAUAAAACAUCUGUGAUAAAUUCAUUGAUAGCAAACAGUGACUCAAAUCAGAAAUCUAACAUAGAACAUCUUCAAAAGGAUCUUGCUUUAGCUCGUGAGCAAAUCGAAAGCUUGUCUAAAAAGCAGUCCACUGAUGAAUCACGUAUAAGUGCAUUAACGUCAAAAUUAUCUCAAGUUCAAGAGUCACUUAAAAGUGAGCAAAAAAAAUCUUCAUCUUUGACUGAAAAUUUGAAUCGUGUUAACAAGUCUUUAGAAAAUGCACUAAAACAAGCAAAGGAGGCUGAACGUCUUCGUGAACGUGAAGCUGAACGCCUCUGUUCAGAAGUUGCACUUCAGGAAGCCCAGGCUAGUUCAAAACAACUUAGAAUUGAAAACGACACUCUUAAGCAACAAUUGAAAAUGUUGGAAAAUGUGAAAAGUGAUCUUGAAAAAUCUCAAUCUCGUAUAGAUGAACUUACCAGUAAGUUAUCAUCCGCAAAUGAUUUGACAUUAGAGUUACAAUCAUGUAAACGUCGGAUUGAUCAGCUAUCAGAUUUUACACGUCGUCUAACUGAACGCCAUGCAAAUCUACAAGCUGAGCACUUAGUUACACUCAGUUCACUAGAAGAAACUAAAAAUCUAUUAAUUGAGAAAGGUGAAGAAAUUGUACGACUCAACGAGAAGCAUGGAAGUGAACGUAAAGAAUCAGAAGUGAAAAUGAAUUCACUUCAGUUUGAACUCAAUGAUUUAUCUGUAAAGUUGAAUCAACUUAAUGAAUCAGAGAAUUGGCUUAAAAUUCAGUUAAAGGAAGAAAAGGAACGUGCUACAGCCAUUCAUAAGCGUGAUGCUGCACGAAUUAAAGAUAUAGCUCGUGAGGUAACACGUUUAUCACAUUGUCAAAAUAAAAGAAAUCAAUCAGAUUGUUGUCGUCUAACAAUUAAUUCUCCAUCCGACUUAGAAAAUGAGUCGAAUUCAAAAUCGUCAACAAAUUCUUUAAAUGGUUCACUGAAAUCUUUGGACUUAAGUCAAGUUAUUUCUGAGCGAGAAAAUGAGACAAUUGUUAGUCCUAUAUCAACACUAUCAAUGAAGAAUACAGUAACUAACCAAUUAGAUGACUGUUUGCCAUUGUCAGUUAAUAAUAAUAAUAAAGUUGAUAAUUAUGAAUCAACAAUAGUUGAAAUGUCAUCUAACUUCAAUAGUUCAGAUCGUGAUAUACUUCUGGAGAAAAUUGAUCGUCUUCAACGUAGUCAAGUAAAACUAACAGACAAAAUUGAAUUUUUUCAAGAACAUUGUUAUCAACUUACAGAAGAAUUAAAUAAAAAAAGUAAAGUUAUUCAGAAUCUCCUUGUUUCAAUCGAUAAACAAUGUGGAUCAACAACUUCAUUUGUUAAUGAUAGUCAUAAUAAUAAAAAAAUGUUAAAUGUUAAUCAAAAAUAUAAUUCAAUUAUAUCUUCACUAUCUAGUGGUGUCAAGACAAAGAAUGCCGAUACAGGAUCAUAUCUUGGUGAUAAUUCUCAGAAACUUCAAAACUUACUAGAAGAUACAAUAUUCAAGAAUAUCACAUUGAAAGAAAGUUUAAAUAAAUUGGGCUUAGAAAUAUCUAGUUUACGUUUAACUCAUGAACGUAUAUUAAACUCCCUUUGUGAUUUAUGUAAAGUAACCAUGGAAGAUAUACUUAAAACAUCGGGAAAAUCUAUUCAUCAAUCCCAAUACUCAAAUCAUCAUUUAACAACACAACCAGAAUCAGAACCACCAUUAUUUCAAAAUGGUGGUGUCAAUGCUUAA